AUGAAGUGCCUCAUGCGCUACUUUUUGCAGAUCGCACUGGACCGGAACACAGGCACUAAAUUCAGAACUGGAAAAACCCAGCUGUCUCAUACACUGUGUGUAACUGCACAACUUUCUGGACAUAAUGGAUAUUCUGGAGGAAAGGUGAUAUUUGUGGAUACAGAAAACACAUUCCGACCAGAUCGUCUCCGAGAUAUAGCCGACCGAUUUGGUGUGGAUCAUGACGCAAUGCUAGACAAUGUUUUAUAUGCCCGAGCGUACACAAGUGAACACCAGAUGGAGCUUUUGGAUUAUGUAGCAGCUAAAUUCCAUGAAGAAGCUGGUGUUUUUAAGCUUUUGAUUAUUGAUUCCAUCAUGGCUCUUUUUCGAGUGGAUUUCAGUGGUCGAGGUGAGUUAGCUGAGAGGCAGCAGAAACUAGCUCAGAUGCUGUCUAGGCUUCAGAAAAUCUCAGAAGAAUACAAUGUUGCUGUGUUUAUCACUAAUCAAAUGACUGCUGACCCUGGGGCAACAAUGACGAACCCCCCCUCUCUUUCAUACGACCUGAUCUUGCAGUCCCUCUGCUCCGUUCCUCCAGUUCUCUUCUCUGGCCAGGUCAGGUCCCGUCCGCACGAUCCUCUCACUCGUUAA